AUGGCUAUGAAAUCCGAACGUCUGAAGCGAGACGAUACCGAAGAGUCAUGUAGGCUACCGAAACGGAAAAGGACUAGGAUGACGAUCUGUACUUAUAACGCACGUACUCUUGCAUCGGAAGCGGCCAUCGAAGAUCUGAUGAUGCAGGGCAGGAAGUUUAAGCACGACUUAGUCGGACUGACCGAGACGAGUAGAGGAGAUGGUGAAGUUGGUGUCCUUGUCAACACGAAUAUGGCAGUAAACAUAGACUUUUUCGAACAACUUACAACCCGAAUUGGACGUCUACGGAUGAGAAGAUGUGGUCCAACACCAGCGUUGACUAUCUUCGUCGCUUACGCUCCAACAUCAAGCUACGAAGAAGAAGUCGAAGCUUUCUAG